AAUUAGGUGAAAUUUGGUCAACGAAUUUUAGAAUUUGGUGAAUCCUAGUUUAAAAGUUAUUAACAAUUUAAGGUUUGGCGUAUAGUUAGCAAACGAUAGUAACAAAAAUAGGGUUUUUUGGUAUCAAUCGAUCGGAAAUCGCUUUGUGAAAUUUGGUUAAUCAAUUUUAGAAUUUGGUGAAUCAUAGUUUAAUAAAUAAUUAACAAAAUGUGAAAAAAAUGACAGUUCUAUAAACAAUUACAAUUUACACACAUAUUUAACGUUACGCGACGUAAUGUUAUGUAACGUAGUAAAAUCUGUCAUACACGUACACAAAACCAACACACAUGAAACAAAAUCUGUCCCAAACAACGUCAAAAUUUUUGACAGCCCAUAAUUUAUUUCACAUUUUUUCCCGCGUUUCUUUCUAUUUAAACAAACAAAAAAAAGAAAAGUUCUCGACAAACUUUUAUGUACAUCCUAAAUAUACCUAUAUCCCGGUCUGUAAUUUUCUAAAAAUAUUUUUUGUUAAUUAUUUAUUGUCCUUUUAUGGGAAGUGCUAAAACCUACGGAACUUAUCCAUCGUUGGUUGUGUUAAAUGCAUUAAGGUGCUUCAGAAAAAAAGAGUCCAAUAGACUUAUGUUUGCAAGCCGCCACCAUCAGUUUUUCUUUUUAUUUAUAAACAAAUCUUAAGCAUUUUCUUAAGGGAAAAACAAAAAAGGAAGAAGAUUUUAAAUGAUGGCCAACAGAAUCAUUCAAUUAUACAUAUGUGCAAGCUAUCCUAGACUUUAUGCUGCAAAGGAUGAGUGUACUAUUGCGACAAGGUUUAUGAGCGUAUCAAGAAGAUCCCAGGCUAAAGGAGAUUAAUAUGAAAGUGCAACGAAUCGAAAAAUCAACAACGUGCUUAGUCUUAACACUAAUCAAGCAAUUUGAUGAUCAAAAUACACUCCGUCAGAUGCUCUACAUCGCUGACAAUGUACCUAUGUUGUUCAAGAUGCGCCCCUCUGAUCUGAUUUAUAAAAUCUAGUAGCCACAUUCAAAGAAUGUCAAACCUGCUGAAAAUGCAGACGAUAUUCUUGAAGACCAUGAGGAAAAUCCACAUGUUUUCUUUAAACGUUUACCCGAGGUUAUUGGCGACAUUUGGAAACGUAUAACGUCAGUGUGGGCGUGUAUACUGAAACAGUAUUUGAAAGAUAUGUACGCCCUACAGGCUAAGAAGACGUGCCCAAUUUCAAUUGCAGAAAUUAAGGAAUUGGUCAUAAAAUCAAGUGAUGUCUGUUUAAAUCCAGAAGAUGAGAAAGAUUUAUUUAUAUUUUUUCAGUUUAAACAACUUAUAAAUAAGUUUGAUCCAGAUGAUGCAUAUCUGCUCUUGAUAAAGAAAAAAAAUAAACAUGAUCAAGCUGGUGAGAGUAGUAUAGGAGCAAGAGCGGGCAGUGCGACAACGCCACAUGUAAAUAGUGUUAAUCAUACGAUGGUUUCAAGACCAUCCCAAAGCAAGAGAAUCGUUGGAUAGUAGCAGUGGAAAAAUUGCACCCAGCAUAGGCUUUGGAACGCCAACAUUACAGAACAAAUGAAUCAGAAACAACUAUUGGAAAAUUGACCCAAUGAAUAAUAAUAAUAAUAAUUAGUUUUUAACAAGUCUUGUUAUUUAAUUAAACAAUUUCGCGGAAAAUUGAUGAACAAAAAACAAUUUUGAAGAACAUA